GUUCAAGUAUAUUGAAUAAAUGGAUAUUCCAAAAGCUCACAUGCCCUGUUGCUUCAACUCUCUAAUCAACUCACUCAGAUCUCCAUCUAUCAUCUUUCUCCAUCCCUACUCGCUCAUCUCCAGCAUCCUCAGCUCUCCCCUUCUCUCUCUCUCUGCUCACUUACCUCAAAUUCUCAUACUAAAGUCCUCGCUUUUUCGAAUGCUCGAGACGAACUUUUUUAUCAGUAUCAUCAUCAUUAUCUCUCUCUCUCUCUCCCAAAUACUUUUAUAAGUUGUUAUCCAUUCCAGAAAAUGUUCAAGGUAUUGUUACCUUCACCAUUGGUAAAAAAAGAAAACUCGACAGCGAAAAGAUUAAAUUGAAAAGUGACAAAAAAUAUUCCAUGUAAAAUGUUUACACCUUCUGAAAAUUUUCAAUGGAUCAUUUGUUUCCACCAUAGUAUUUUUUUACUUCAUUCAAAAAAUAUUCACCAAACUUUGAUAAUAUUUUUUGCUCAUUAAUCAUUUCAACUAAUCAACAGUAUCAAAAAAAAAAGACAAUCAAUUGAUAAUAGAUUAGUAAACAACAUCACAGGAUUUACAAUUUGUGAUCAAUUUAAUGUUAAUUAGUGUUCACUUGUAAUCCAACAUAUUCCAAUUAAUGUGAUUCUGUUAAUUAGUUUUUUUUCUCGUCCUUUAAUUAUCAUUACUAAUCUCUCAUCAUCAUGGUAUCACAAUUACUUGACUACAAUGACACUAAAUUGAACUAUGGAUUAACAUUAUCAUCACCCAUUGGGAUUUUAUCAACAUCAUCUCUCCUCAUCUCAGAAUCAACACCAUCCAUGGUAAUAAUUAAUUCAAAUGAAACUGAAACGUCAACCAUGAGCAACAUUUCGGUGGGCCAAGCAGCCGAAAUAGUAAAUGACCAUAACCCUCUUAUUUACGCUUACUAUUUACUCUUUGGUAUUGGUUCUUGUGGUAAUUUUUACGCUUUAAAAGAUUUGGUUAAGGCUCGACAAUUAAGUCAAUACAUUAAUCUUCUCAUGGCACAUUUAACUUUUGCCGAUCUUUGUGUAAUAUUCAUAUCACUUCCCAUUGAGAUUAUGUGGCAAAUAACCUACACCUGGGAAGCGGGUGAUCUUACCUGUCGAUUGAUCCAAGUUAUCAGACUUUUCGGUCUUUAUCUUUCAUCAAAUAUUGUCGUUUGCAUUUCGAUUGACCGUUUACACGCUUUCACCCGAACUCCAAAUAAAACUGGCUACUAUAAAUACUCAAAGAAAAUAUUGAUCUCUGCUUAUAUAAUAUCCCUACUAUUAAGUACACCUCAGGCAAUCAUUUAUCGAGUUGAAACCCAUCCACUGGUCCCAGGGUAUGCUCAGUGUAUUCAGGCUGCUUGGUUCGUAGAUACGAUUUUCGAAAAGUUUUACACUGGAAUGAGUUUAAUUGGAAUGUAUUUUGGUCCCUUAAUUGCGAUUGUCUUUUGCUAUUGUAAAAUCUUUUUUCACCUUCAUUAUGAUGGUCAAAGUAUUCAAAUAUCAGAGUCUUCAUGUGCCUUUCAAUUUAAAGCCAUUGCUCCAAGAGAUAAUCGUGAUAUCCGUUUGGUUCAAGCUCGACACCAGGUUAAUCGUUUCUCGCUAAUCCAAAAGGCCAAAUAUCGUACGCUUAAAAUGACACUUAUCAUUGUACUUGCUUAUCUAAUCUGUUGGUCACCUUAUGUUGCCCUUGUUUUAUAUUCAUCUUAUGAUUAUGAUGCAGCUCAAGGUAUUGAUCCAGCCAUUCAUGAAGGGAUUAUACUUUUCGCCGCUUCUCAUAGCUGCGUUAAUCCAUUUGUUUACCGAAUUAAUCUUGUAAGACGUUUUCCCGCCAGUUAAAGUUUUCAAAAAAUUCACCAAUAUUUCAAUAAAAAAUGUUCUACGUUGAUUCAAUCAAA